AUGCCACAUAAUCGUGUAAUAACGAGUGAACAAGUUUACAAGACGAUGCUUCAGGUUGAUAGGAGUUUUUUUGUUAAGAAUUCUCCUUACGAGGAUCGUCCUCAGUCGAUCGGCUUUUCAGCCACAAUCAGUGCUCCUCACAUGCAUGCCUACGCUAUGGAAGCGCUUAAAGCCCAUUUGAAACCUGGCGCACGAGUGCUGGACGUAGGGUCUGGUAGUGGAUAUCUUACUGUCUGUUUCGCUUUGAUGGUAAGAUUCGAUAACCUUAUAAACUCAUUGAAAAUUAUCUUUUUAUAUAAACUUGUAUACAUUGUAUUGUCAUAUUUAAAUUUGUAUGAUAAAUUUAUCAAAAGAAUUUUAUGA